GUUUUCCCUUCAUUAGGGGGGAAGCGUGGAAGCGUAGUCACUCCGGACGACUGCAGUAGCUCCAGAGAUAAGAGAGAAAUCUCUCUCUCUCUCUCUCUCUCUCUAAAACAGAAGGGGAGAGGCGCAGGAAUGCAAUGAAGAGAUUGAAGAGCUACUUGAACACGAGGCAAUCGCCAAACAUGGAAAGAAAAUGGAUUUUCCCCUUGGCCAUAGGUUCUUUAGUCUCGCUCUUCCUUCUAUUCCUCACAACGUUGACGUCUACAGAUGGGUUCUUAUAUUUCCCGCUCUAUCGCUCCUCCACGGCCUCUAAUGCUAUCUUCGUCGAGUCCAGGCUCCAUCCUUUAUCAGUCUCCUCCCUCCCUCCCCCUCCUCGUUUUGCCUACCUUAUCUCAGGCACUGUUGGAGAUGGCGAAAUGGUCAAGCGUACCCUCCAAGCUCUCUACCAUCCUCACAACCGCUACGUUGUUCAUCUCGACCUCGAGUCCCCUCCCAAAGAACGACUCGAUCUCCACGAUUACGUUAAGAAUCAUCCCGUUUUUUCUUCCGUCGGCAAUGUUUGGGUGAUUACCAAGGCCAAUCUGGUUACCUACAGGGGCCCUACCAUGGUCGCCAACACGCUUCACGCUGCUGCCAUCUUGUUGAAGGAGGGCGGCGAUUGGGAUUGGUUCAUCAAUCUCAGUGCCUCUGAUUACCCACUCGUUACUCAGGACGAUCUGCUGCACACAUUCUCUUAUUUGCCACGGGAUCUCAAUUUCAUCGAUCAUACGAGUAAUAUCGGGUGGAAGGAGUACCAACGGGCAAAGCCAAUUAUCAUAGAUCCCGGGCUUUACAUGACGAAGAAAGUUGACAUCUUCUGGGUUACCCAAAGGCGAAGCGUUCCAACUGCCUUCAAACUCUUUACAGGUUCUGCCUGGAUGGCACUUUCUAGGUCCUUCAUUGACUUCUGCAUAUGGGGAUGGGACAACCUACCACGAACUGUUCUCAUGUACUAUGCAAACUUCAUCUCCUCCCCGGAAGGCUACUUUCAUACUGUCAUCUGUAAUGCUCAGGAAUUUCGCAACACCACUGUUAACAGUGAUCUGCAUUUCAUAUCAUGGGACAAUCCCCCCAAGCAGCAUCCGCACCUCCUCACCCUCAAUGACAUGUCAAGGAUGACCAACAGCAAUGCCCCAUUUGCCAGAAAAUUCCAUAGAAACGACCCAGUCCUUGACAAGAUAGAUGCUGAACUUUUGUCCCGAGAGCCCGGGAUGCUUGUUCCAGGUGGGUGGUGCAUUGGAAGCAAGGAAAAUGGGAGUGACCCAUGCUUGGUUGUCGGAAACACCAAAAUCCUCAGGCCAGGUCCUGGUGCUAAAAGGCUUGAAACUCUAAUUGCCUCUUUAUUAUCAAAUGACAACUUCCGGCCAAGGCAGUGCAAGUAAGAGCUCAUAUCAGGAAAAACAUUUAGUGUCAACUUAUCAAAGUUGACAUCACAUUGAUGUAACCAUUGUCAUCAGGUAAUUAGUAUGUUCAUGUGAUAACAUCAAACAACCCAUACUUGAUCUUACAGACUGUCAAGUUGGUUGGCACCAAUGCGGCGGACUUCGGUAUACGCAGAAGGAUGGAGAACUGGGACUGUAGGUACUAAAAGUAUUCACCUUGUUCUGCCGAAUUGGUCUUGUUUCCAAGUAGCCCAUUUUUGUUUUAUCUGACCCCCAUGAAUAUAUAAUAGAACCAAGAUCAGAACAAUUUGUGUUUAUACUCGCCGAAGCUCAGGCAUGUUGAUGGGAGUUUGUGCAGUUUUAUGAAAAAAGAAAUGAUGAUAGAUGAAGGAAAAUUUAAGUACUUUCUCGAUA